AUGUCGGCCCUCAAUGGCUCCUAUACGGCGACCUUGAGUCCCACGGUUGCUUCUUCCGAGACUACCGCUACAUUCCCACCACAUACGCUCGCGAGCUCCAUCUCGUCUCUAUCCUCAUCGACUUCAGCGCGCCACACUUCACAAAUCUCAAAAACCUACCGCCAGGCCUCGACUCUCUUCCUCACCCGCCGUCUACCCGAGGCACUAUCGACCAUCUUGCCACUGAUCACCCCGCCCUCGGGACAGUCUGAGAACGGCGCAGGCGAACCAGCGCCCGUCGCCAGGGCAUCGCGAUCCACGAGGAUCAAGGUCUGGAGCCUGUACCUGACGACGCUCAACGCCAUUGUCGAACUGGAGCCGGACGAAGGAAAGGAUGCGUUUGGGAGCCAGGAGUGGAGAUCGCUGUGCACCAAAGUCAGGGAAGGAGACGUCUGGGAGGAGGUCGUACGCAACGGAUACCACGGCGUCGAGAGCGACGUCGAUUCGGACGUUGUCAUUAAUCUCGCCACACUUUUAUUAGCCCACGCCCGGACACAAGAAUUGAACCAAAGGAAGCUCGAGAGCUAUCUCGCAGCCGCCACAUCACCAAACCUGGACUUCUCCAAGAGAUUUUCCGACUCGCCAUCGCCGUCACCACGGCUGAACCGGCAUAGGUCUCCGGCGAAGGCCACUAGUGGAGCGGAUACACCGAGAGAUCUGAAUGCGAGAGUCAAGAUCCUCGAGCUGUACACGCUCCACGUACUUAUUCGCAAUAAUGAAUGGGAUUAUGCCCGAGAGUUUAUCAGCGUCAGCUCGGUACUAGACGACGAGCGUCGCGAGGCGUUUUUGCAAGCUCUACAAAGCCUGCAGGAGGAACAGCAAGAAGCCGAGAGGCGAGAGACGGAAGAGCGACGUGAGCAAGAGGAGCAGCUACGGCGUGAUAUUGAGGAGGCGAAGAAGCUGAGAGCAGAAAAUGAAGAGAGGGAACGACGAAGGUUAGAGGAAGAGCGGGCACGGAGAGAAGGCGCCGAGGGAGACUACGGCAUCGAAAAGACACCGAGUAAAGCAGGCUCGAGCAAGGCGGGGUCAAGCAAGGGACGUCACGCCAGGGCCGUUUCCAACACAUCAGGGUCGAACUCUAAUUCGAAAAUGCCCGUCUCCCGGGCAAAAGGCGAACCCUCAGCUCCGCCGACCUUUGGAACGAGGGCGUCAAUGGUCAUCUCUCGGAUGCGCGAGGUGAUUGACCAGCUGGGAGCAUCAUUUAAGACAAACCCGAUGCUGCUGAUGCGGCUCGUGGCCUUUAUUUUGGGGUUGGUCGUCAUGUUUGGGCAGAAGAAUGUCCGCGAACGGAUACAGCGUGUGCUUGGUAAUGGUUGGAACAAGGUCAAGGCGACCGCGGGAAUGGGAGUCAAGGUUAGCUACAUAUGA